ACUCCGGUGGCUGACGAAGGGGUUGCAGGAAGAAUCGAAUAAUCAGGUAGAUGAAUCUCCCCGCGCCGGGGGAUGCUGCACGGGAGAAGGGUUAAACAUCAUCAUCAUCAUGAACAUCAUCAUCAUCCCGUCGAGAAGGGCGUUAAAUGCGGCACAUCCACAAACAAAACAACAGUAAAAAAAACUAAUUCAUAGAGAGUCGAGAUGAGCGUGCGUGUGUUUUUUUUUUCGUUUAUCAUAAUAAUGUAAUAAUAAAACCUUUUGUUACACCUUUGCGCACACGUUCACCUUUAAUCCUUUUUUUACGAUUGCAAUUGUUAUUAUCGUUUUUAAGGGUUAUCUCUGCGGCGAAUGUACCAUGGGUCUGUUUCGCAAAUUACAUUCGCCGACGCGGCCGCGUUUCAUCCUUUCACACCGAAUUAAAGGGAUAACAUCCUUACGGGCGACCGAGAGAGAAAGAUACAGAUUGUGUUUGUGUGUUAUUGAGAGAAGUUGAGAGAGAGAGAGAAAGCACUUGAGCGAGUUCUUAAAGGAUCUUUACUUUUAUUAGUCUUGGUUUUAUAGUAUUAGAAUGAUGAGAUGAAAAUAAGUGAUGUCAAUAAAGAGAGCAGAGCAUUUGUUGUUGUUUAGGUUGUGUUCACUGUGGGUGUUGAAGACUGGUUGCCGUGUACUCUCCGGGCGAUUUUUGUAGAAGUGUCUGGAAGGAAGUAUGGGGUAGGAAGAGUAGAGUAGUGAAGAGAAGAGUAGAAACAGAGCAGAGCAGCAGCAGCACGUGGUAGUGAUAGAGUAGCGACACCCGAAAAUAUACAGUGGCGCGCGAAAUGCCAGAGCCAUGGGCUGUGAGCGCGGCCUGUCCUGCCCCCACCAUCGUACUCGACGCCGCCCAUUGGCCUAUCGUGACCCGGCUGUGAACCGGGGACCUCCCAGACCCGCCCAGGCCAAGUCAGUGUCGGGCCCGAGACCGAAAGGUCACUAGUAGAGGCUAGAGAGUGCCGAGGGGAUGACCUAUCACCUCGAGUGCUCCGAUACGUGCUCGUUCCGAACCGCUCCAACUUGCGAAAUACUCGAAAACUGUGCCAAAUUUUCCAACAUUUUUCUCCGCAAAUUGCUGAGCAGUGCCGCCAACCCCCCGCGACUUUUCCGUUCGUACCGCGAACUGCAAUAACAAGUAUAGAAUAGCAUCGGGACACGCGACAAAUAUCAUAAUAAAUACAUAGCAUAAUUGCGUGCGUAAUUGCAAUAUCAGCGAGAGAGGAUCUAAGCCCAGAGGGAUAGAGAUUCCCAUUUGAAUGUUGUAAAGUGAUUACUUCUUCUUGUAUCGUAUACUUCUUCUGCUCCUCUCCGCCGGUGCCAUAGAUAACAAGUGUCAUACGAGGCGUGUGCGAUAAAGAGGGCAUAGCUUUAUAGCGAAUAAAAUAUGGCUCUAGUGGCACCAUCGUGGCGGGAAUCGUCGUUGGUCAACCCCAUACCGACCAGCCUGAACACGCUGUCGAACGCACUCAACCCUCUUCCGGUGACCAACCUGAACCCGCUGCCCGCCAACCUGAACCCCAUCACCCUGGACAACGCUGAGAUCGCGCUGAUCAGCAGGCAGACCCCGUCCCAGAACUCCCAGAUCAGUGUGAACAGUGACAAGAACCAGAACAUCGAGUGCGUGGUUUGUGGUGACAAAAGUUCAGGAAAACACUACGGACAGUUCACAUGCGAAGGUUGCAAGUCGUUCUUCAAGAGGAGCGUAAGGAGGAACCUGACAUAUUCCUGCAGGGGUAGCAGGAACUGCCCGAUCGACCAGCACCACAGAAACCAGUGUCAAUUCUGUAGAUUAAAAAAAUGCAUGAAGAUGGGAAUGCGGAGAGAAGCCGUCCAAAGGGGCCGUGUGCCGCCCUCGCAGCCUGCCCUUCCCGGCCUGCCCAACCAAUUCCUGAACUCGACGGACUCAGUGACGACGUCGCUCAGCAAUCACACCUACCUGAGCAGCUACAUCUCGCUGCUGCUGAGGGCUGAACCCUAUCCGACCAGCAGGUACGGACAGUGCAUCCAGACCAACAACCUGAUGGGCAUCGAGAACAUCUGCGAGCUGGCGGCUAGGCUGCUCUUCUCCGCUGUAGAGUGGGCGCGCAACAUACCCUUCUUCCCAGACCUGCAGGUGACCGAUCAGGUUGCUCUUCUGCGGUUAGUUUGGUCCGAGCUGUUCGUCCUUAAUGCAAGCCAGUGCUCCAUGCCCUUGCACGUGGCACCCUUGAUCGCCGCCGCCGGCCUCCACGCAUCGCCCAUGUGCGCCGAUAGGGUUGUGCAAUUCAUGGACCACAUAAGGAUAUUCCAGGAACAAGUAGAGAAGUUAAAAGCGCUGCACGUGGACUCCGCUGAAUAUUCCUGUCUCAAAGCCAUCGUUUUAUUCACAACAGAUGCUUGUGGGUUGAGUGACGUGGCACACAUCGAGUCUAUUCAGGAGAAGUCGCAGUGUGCUUUGGAGGAGUACUGCAGGUCGCAAUACCCGAACCAGCCGACGAGGUUUGGAAAACUUCUGCUGAGGCUUCCGAGUCUGCGAACGGUGAGCUCGGCGGUAAUCGAGCAGCUAUUCUUCGUGAGGCUGGUGGGAAAGACUCCCAUCGAGACCCUCAUCAGAGACAUGCUUUUGUCUGGAAGCUCUUUCUCCUGGCCGUACAUGUGAUACUUGAAACUGUACUAGGCAGCCUAGUCAAAUCUCUCUAUUUAAUCUAUUUAAGGGUAAAACACAAACAACGCGCCACCCCCGUAAACUUAUAAGUAAUAUAUAUUUAAACAAAUAAAAAUAUGUGUAUAUACAUAUGUAAAAUAAAAGACACACACAGAAACACCGGUAUCUGCGUUGCAUCCGGAGGCAUUGACAAACCAAAAAAAAAUAAUUAAAUUAAAUUAAAAGAAAAUUACAUAGAAAUAUGCAAUGACGUUGGACAUGGCCCGUAAAUAUUUUCAAAAAAAAAAUAUAAGAGAUGAAGGAAAACAUAUCAGAAAGGGCCAUUCGUUCACAUAGCGUAAUAUCAAAAAAUAAACAAUAUAUAUAUUAAUAAUGAAGCAAACAAUGAUCGAUGUAAAUUUUAAAUCACGUGUUCCUUUUCGUUAUUUUCAGUACUGUUGUUUCUUGUAUACAGACGCACUCUUUGUCGAGUUUUUUUGUUUUGUUUCGAAACAGGCUACGAACAAAGUUGUCUGCGGAGCAGAUAAAUUUACUAUGAAUAAGAGAUGUAUUAGAAAUCCAGUAAUAUUAUAAAUAUAUAAAUAUGUAGACUGUAAAUUUUGUAAAUAAAUUCAAUGUAUAGCAAGAUCGUUUCCUUUGUUAUAUAUACAAAAAAUGAACAAAACAUAACGUAAUGAAACAACAAAAAUAUAUAUAUAUAAAAUAUUUGGCAAUCAGCUGGAAUAGUUGAAGUGAAACUUUGAAACAAAACAGCAAACCCACUAUUUUGUUAUUACUAAUAUUAUUAUUAUUAUUUGAAUUAUUAUUAUAUUUACCCUUAUUAUUAUUAUUUUUAUAAUUAUUAUUUGAUGCCAGUGUUCACUUUGUUUAGUAGUUAUUGUUGUUGUUAUAUUGUUAUACUUUUCCCCUAAUUAUAUUUAUACACACAUAUAUUAUCUAUAUGUAAUAUAUACAUAUAUAGACAUAUAUUUAAUUCUCAAAUUUAGUCAAGAGCCAGAGCAAAAUUAGUACUUAGAAUUAUUACUAUUAUUUCCACGCAUAUAUAUUUUCCCCCUUCUAUUCGUUGCGAAAGGAUCUCCUCAUAAUCCUUAUUUAUAAAAAAAUAAAAAUAAUAUCUAAUAGAAGAACAUAACAAAAAAUAAAAUAAAUA